UUGGGAUGAAUCGAGUAUUUUGCCAAAACAUAAAUAACAACAUCGCUCUUUUGUUUCGAUCCAACAAUCUCUCGCCACUGUGAUUAGAACGCGCUGCAAAUUACAACAUCUCGGCAAAAGAAGUGAAAACAUAUUCAAAAGAAAAGAAAAUUCGAUCAUCAGCUCCUCUAUUUAUUGCAUAUCCUCUCUCGUGUGCUGCGGAAAACGAGAAAACACAGCAAAAAACCAACAACAACCAUUGCAGAUUGCUUUUAUUGGUGGGUGGGGGUGGAAUUGAUUGUACCACCCAAAAAAGAAAGAAAAAACCACACACACAACAGUGUACCCACCCACCAAAUGGAAUCGUAAUACAGUGCUGCGCGUUGAAUUCGCUUCCCUUUGCAUUAAUACGGAAGCGAGCAACCGCAAACCGACGGUCGAGACGACGCGACACGGUGGGUGAAAACAGCGAAGAAAGCCAAACGGGGGGGUGUUCACAGGGUGGCAGCAUCAGCAGUUUAUCGACGCACUUUAAAGAAAACGAGAGGGAGAAAAGGUUAACGAAACCGAGCAAAAAAAAAAAAAGAAAUCCUCAAACAGUUUGCCAUCGAAAGAAGUCGACAAUUUGGUCGUCGCUGCUGCUGCUGCUGAUGUUUACUGCUGCUUCAAAUGCUGCAAACGUUGCUCGGUUGCUGUGAUGAAAUUGUUGUAGAAAGUGCUAUCAUCAAUACAGUGCCCCCCAAGCCAAGUUCUGCCGAUCGACGGCCCGUUUGAGCUAACAUACUGCACUGUUGCACUGCUGCUGGUUGUGGUAGUGGUGGUGCAUCGGGAAAAUUGCGUCGUACUACUACGUGCUGCACUGCUGGUGGAAGCGUUUGAUGGGCUUGGGGCGUCGAAGGGAGCGACCAACCACUACUACCCCAUCACCGGAAGCGACAACAAAGGGCGAACGUCAUCGCCAUCAGCAUCAUAAUCGGUCCGAGGACAUCGUCGCAGUGUCGGAACCGUGCAGCCGUGAAGUGAAAGUGGUGACCGAAUCGCGCCCCGAUCAAGGGCAUUCGCGACGUGCUGCUUCUGCGUGCGGUACCAGCGUGAUGAGCCCAAACUGGGGCCAGCUGCCAGCCGUUGCGAUAACGAACGUUUUCCAGCACCUGAACCAUCUGGAUCGGUUGAACGCGUCGACGGUAUGCUGGCACUGGCGGUCGGUGAUUUUUCAACCCAGAUUCUUUAAGCGCAUCCAGUUCGAUGUUGCCCGUGAGCAGAACAAAAAGAAUGGCUUCUUUUUGCAAAAGCUGGCUCAUAUCGUAAGCGAGGUGAAGAUUACGUUCGAUUCCUGCAAUCUGUACGAUGUGGAGCUGACGACGGAAAUUCUCUACAAGCUAAGCAAAAGUGCUCGUUUGCUCGAUCUUUCCAUCUUGCCGAAAUACGCAACCCUGGCCACACCCGGCCGUUUCUAUUCCGAGGAAGAAUGGAACUACAUUCUCAAACUGUUUGUGCAACCACUGAUCGCACUGCUGAGCCGUAAAAAUCCACCCCUUCGGGCGCUGGAUUUGGGUUGUUCCGAAAUACUUGCGCUCCACGCUUCCGACUUUCUGACUUGCACCGCUAAACCGCAGUAUCUGGAAAAGCUUGCGUUCGCCACCGUCAAGCAAGAUCCGGGACACUAUCCGCUUGGUUUGAUUGAACCACCGCUGCUGGAGAAGUGUACCUCGCUGCGUGUGCUCACGAUCGAUUACGAUAGCUUGUGCGAUGAGUUGCUGCAAACGCUCCAGUCAUUGCCGGUGCUGCGACAGCUUAUCGUGCACGUGCACGGUAUCGAUGAGGAGCAUUUCGGGCUGUCGGAGGAUGCGUGGGCAAACUUUCGCAGCAAGAACCCGGACGUCGAGCUGCAUCUAACGUUGGUGUGUGCGUACGAAGCGGUGGAAACACUGCACACCCACAUCCUGCGGCCAUCGAUGCCGUUGACGCAUCUGAAGGUGUUGUUCUGUGAGAAGAUUAAUUGUGAAGCUUUGGAAUAUCUGUCGCGACACUACAAGGACACUCUUCGCAGCUUGAUCUGGGUCGAUUCAAUGCGCAUCGAAGAAUAUCGCAACAUUAUGGAGCUGGUGAUGCGCACGGAGCAGGACCCGCUGGUAAUGAUGGCGUGGCGCUGCAAAAAGCUGCAGGAACUCAUCGUCCACGGUUACGUGCUCGAUCCGCACAAUCUGGUCGGUGUAGCGCGUUUGCGUGGCCGCGAGCUCCAAGUGCUGGAAGUGUCCGGUAUCCAUCUUUCCAUCCCAUCCGUCAUGGUGACACCAUUUGUGGAGGAAAUAAGUGCACAGUUGGGCAAAAAGUGGUGCCCGCUGGACGCGAAAACGCUUCCACCGGCAUUGCGGUUCUAUCCCGUGUCGGACGAGGUCCGCGAUCAGUACAUCCUGAAGUACAUUCGCAAGGAUAUAAUGGAGUAAGUGCACCACCAUUCACCCAGGUCUGUUGACAUCUCUGUAAACGGUUUCUGUUCAUGGCCACGGGAUGGUUUAAAUUUAAAUGUACCCAUACACACCGGCGCAACAAAGCGUUACAACAGUUAAGCUUAACGUUAGGUCGAGAAAGACAUGAACAGAUCAGUGCAGCAGCACCCAAAAAACAAUAAUGUGCCACCACACACACCGCGUAAGGGACUCAACGUUCCAACAGUCAAUUACGUUCGUUUGUUUGCGGCCAGGAAGACAAGAAGCCAACAAGUGCUAGUGUGUGUUAGAAGAUCGAACUGCUAUUGCAAUAAUGCUAACUAACGUAAGUCUGGAGAAGGAAGACGUAUACACCUAUACCACCAUUACAAGUUGCAAGCGAAGAACCGAGCGAACCAACAGCUCCAAAGCAGCUGGAAGACUGAGAGCUUUAAAAAUCAACCACCUAGAGAAGUUGUACGAUUCGAGUGCACACAGUAGGCGACGAUACAUUCGACCAGUGUGCGCAAAGCGCUUCGGUGUCCUGCAAGAAGGAAGAAAAAGGAAGCAAUUAGCAAAUUUAAUCAACAGCCGCAACACCAUCAUCCAUCGAGACCAAAUGCUGGCCAAAUUGCCCAAAAGGGGGAAGCGAGUGUGUGCAUAUCUCGGCUUUAGGGGGAUCAGAAUCAUUGGUUUGUUUUACACUGCUUUUCCCUCAAACGGAUAGCUCUUUUACUUCGGCUUCGUUUAUCGUAUAGCGUAAAUUUGUUUUUACCCCACACACCACCCAGGAAGAGGUCCAGCAGAAUGGGCGCGGGGCGAUGAAAUCACACAUAGAAAAUAGGCGAGGAUUUAUUUAUACACAGGACUCUAUACAUAUAUAUAUAUAUAUUUUAGCAAAUCAACUAGCGAAGCUAAGCGGAAUCUAAUAGAGGGGCAAGCCCAGUACGAUCUGUUAGAACGGUUCCACGACCACCCGGCGUGUCCCCGAUAUUGCGAUGGACUUUCUUUUGAUAACCAAGAUCUCUCUAUCCUCUCGGUACAUGACGGUGAGAAAGACGAAGCGCAAUCUUGCCAAUCUGCGGUCAAGCGAAGGGCGGGAGCGCCAACAAUCACAACCAGCAACAACGCAUAACAGGAAACGAACUAGACACACAAAACCGCAACCAAUCUGUGAUGAUAAUUACCACUUUUUGUGUUACUUAGAGGAAGGAAAAAUGUCGUAAACGGUCGAACCGCAUAGUCGGGUUUUUCGAAAAGGGCAUAUGAAACGAACAGAGAAGAACCUCCGUAUUGCAACACCAAAAAAACACUUUUCAUGUGUUUAAAACAGUUCUUUUUUUUUUUGGUGCAGUGGAUUUAUGUUGGGCAACAAAACAAAACGAGUACCUAAUUUAUUAUAGCACGUAUUAUUUGCUAUUUGUGACAACAGUAGGCGAGAGUCAGGCGAACACGAACGAGGAGAAUGCGCUUAAACCAUCCAAAACGGACCAUCCGCACGUUGGCAUAUCAAGUAAAACGAAAGGUUACGGGAAAUAUCUAGUAAGCGGUUGAGAAUCUCGAUUUACAACGGCUUUACGAGCCGCCAAGAUUGCGGAAAUGCCCUGCAAUUCCCCUAGCAACGUAGCAACGCUCUACUUGCGGGAAGAUUCGUGAUGGAAAUGAUCUAGUAACCGAUCAGACUGCGGGAUCUUUCAAACAUUCUUGCUUGCUUAAUUCUUCAUGAUUAAGUUAACUAUUUAUUUGAAAUUUGAACCCCAAUCAGUUCCACGGACGUCAAACGAGUUCUUGGUGAAGGUUUGGUCUUAUUGCGCUAAAAUUAUUCAAACGCUAACAAUUUAGCUAGUCCAACAGUAUCAACAGUGACCAACAAAAAAAGGGCUUCAGAAAAGGAGGAAAAACUGAAAAAAAUACUUAAACAUCCCGUAAAGUAACCUAACCCCCAAUACACAAAAGGGCAACUCGAAUCAAUCAAAGUACCGAAACGAAUAAAACACAUCACCAAACUCACAGCGAAUGAAGGAAACCUUAAAACAUAACAAACACACCCACAGCGGAACCGCAAACACCUCAAGAUCGUAAAGACAGAAAACGAGCGCUAAUGGCAGAAACAAAACAAAAAUUAGAAAUGAAGCUAGCUGGCUGGCAUAAUGCAACAACAAAAGAUGGAUUGUAGAACAAAUAGGAAGAAAAUGAAGUGAAUAUUUAGCAACAACAAAAAAAAAGCAUAAGAAAACACCAUAAACCGUCCUAAGAAAAGAAAGUAAGGAAGUAAGGAAAAAAAAGGAAGAAAAGCAUGUUGAUAACGAAGCAAGCUAAUACUAGACACAUAAAACUCAAGAAUUGAAAAAGAAAGAAAGUAUCUACAAAAAAGGGGAAUAUAGAGCUGGAGAUUUUAUUUAGAAGAAUGGAAGCGAAUAGCACUACAAAACACAAAUGAACAUUUUACUGACGAGAGCAAGCAGCAAAGAAGUGCAAACGGAAGAAGGGAACCAAAACAACACUGUCUGUUACAAACAAAUCUGUGCCUCAAAGUAAAACAAACAAACGAACAAAGCAUAGUGCAAUAAUAACAAUGUAAUAACAGUGGAGCACAGCGGAUGUGCCACAAGCAUCGAAAAGGGGGCAUAGCAAAAGUAGAGAAGCAAACAACGUAACAAACAUCAAACAAUCCAGAGAGAGAGCGAGUGAUGGUUGUUGGCAGAUACAAAUCCUGGGACGGGGUAGACCUCCAAGCAAAAUGGGUAGCCACCGAAUAGGUUCUACAAAACGCAACAGUGAAUUUACUACCUUUCUACUUUACAGGUUUGGUUUUUUGUUUUUCGUUGGGUAAAAAUAGGGCGGGGGGGGGGGGGGGAGGAAACGAAACCCAACAGCCCUACAAACAGCAGAUACAAACCGAGCAACAUACAAUUCCUUUAUAUUAACAACAACAAAAAAACAAAGAAACAAAGAAACCUACAUCUGUGAUACUAUCGAAAACAAAAGAACGAUAACGAAAUAGAGAGAGAAAGAGAGAGAAAAGAUGUGAAAAACGUAAAUCAAUUUAUAGAAGACAAACAACAUGAAGGAAGGACAAAAGAGAACGACUACAAACAUAGUGCAAUCAAAAAUUAAGGAAAAAAACAAAACAACACUCAAUCAUAAAGUAAGUGCCAGAAGAGAGGGAAUAUCAUUUAACUGGACGGAAAAUAUAGAACACGCGAAAGGAUUUUCCAACCGACCGAAACGCCAGCUAGCGGCCAUUUAAAAGAAGGAAAACUGGCUUGUACAACAAGGUUUAAAUGGGCAAAGAACCAGUUGACAACCUCACAACAUCACGCUCGCGACUGGAGAGAGAGAGAGAGAGAGAGCUGGUCGCAUAAGGCUACGGAUAAGGCUCCAAAUAGACAAAACCAGCAAAUCCAGCAAUAGCUCAAUUUGAGGAUGGAGGCAAGAAGCAUCCAGAGUUGUGUAAUUUUAUUUAUCACAAAAACAAGGGAGAAAAUGUUUUUGUUUGUCCUUUUUGUUUUUGAUACAAAUAUCAAAGCACACAGUGUUAGAAAAUAUUUGAUUUAUUGUGUGUGAUUCUUGUGCAAAAAAGGCAAAAGCAAUUACGGUGACAAAAAAACACAUUAUCUUACACAAACAAGUGAGCAUAAUGUGUGUUUGUGGUAAACUUUUUUUUGUUUUGUUUACUCGAAGAACGGAUAACAAAACAAAGCUACAAAACAGGAAAAACAAAAGUUAUAAAUUCUUCCCCCAAACAAGAAAGAAAAACAAUGAAAUAAUAGUAAUGUAAAAACAACAACAAAAAAAAACACCAAAUAGUAAAACAAAACACAAAACAAAACAACUAAAGCGAAACGCAUCAGAGACAAGCAGCAGUGUGAAAUGUGCGCCUUAGCAGAAAACAGAACAAACUAGUGAGACUACACAAAUGAGCAAACGAACAAUUUAAGAAAAUACGAGGAGAUACAGAAUCAGAACAGAACACACGUGAGCUAUAUAGUUCCGUGUAUGUGUGUGUGUGUGUGUAUAGUAGCAUUACAUCUUGCAAACAGGGCAAACAAAUAUCAAACAAAGAAGCGUUACGCAGAACAUACAUGAACCAUACGGAUGGUAAAACAGAUAAGUAAGGUUCGAUUUUUUUUAAAUUCCAUCUGUAAAAGUAGAAGCUGAGAACAAAAGUAGAAAAUUGAAGUAAGAGAGAGAGAGAGCGAGAGAGAAGAAUAAUUUAACAACAAGCUGAUGCCGGGAUCGAAUCUUGACUGAAUCCGGUGGCGUAUCCCAGACAAAAAAGAAGCCAGCAAAAUACAGGAGCAAGAAGCAACAGCUAAAAUGAGAUCUAUUUGGUGUGUGGUACAAAGGUGAGAAUGUGAAUCAAGUUCACCAAGAAUUGCUGCCAAAGAAAAAAAUCUACAAAACACUGCUGCUGCUUCCAAUAAAGUUGCAAGGCAUGCAAAUGGGCUGGACAAAACGAAUAAGCUCUUGAGACACAAUAACAACUUUGCUGGCGAAGCGAUAAUGAAAUCAGGGAAGCAAUAUAACGUUCAAUUUAAGCAAACCACAAGGAAAGAAAAGCUGUGCCAGAGAACACAUACAUUCCACAAGAGCAGGAAGCAAAAGCAGAGCAGCAAACUACGAGACGAGAGCGGGGUGAGCUUGUUUAAGAAAGGAGAAAGAAACAGUGCAAAGUAUUUUAUCGCAAAACCACUACAACAAAGGACAAACGAAGGAUGUUAGCACUUAAACGGAAAAGGAAAAGCAAAAUGAAUUCUAUAUUUUGAUAGUGUUGAUGGGGCGAAAUGAGCCAGAGAGAGAGAGAAAGAGAGAGAAAUAUAUGUAUAACGCGUACUGCGAUAAAACAACAGCCAAAGUAUUAAACCCGCACACGAGAGUCCCCUUCGAGCCCUUUGCUUGAUUAAUAAAAACGAACCAACUCCUACUAGGUGGAAAGCUCAAACAAAAAGCAACAGUGAACACAAGUGAUAAAGAAAAAUACGAAAAAUCGGAUAAAUGUGUAGAAAACGAAGGAAAAACUGUGCAAAAGGACGCGUUCUCAUAAGAAGCAAGCAGACAGAAGCACAUACACUUUUAAAACGAACAAUGUAAAAGUAGAACAACAAGCAACAAGCUAGAGAGAACAAAACAUUCAAGACCGCAAGCUUGAAAUCAACAUCAUCUGUGAUAUAAGAAUUACAAAAGAGAAAGAGGGAGAGAGAGAGAGAGGAAAGACGAAGCGAUAAUGCUACGAAAGCAAAAGCAAAAGCAAACGUAACACGAGUAACAUCGAUCAACAUAAUUGAUUAAAUGAGCAGCGCGCACGGUACAACUUAAAACCAAACUGUAGCUUGCUCAAAUUAAAAGAAAAAAGAAACGAAAACAAAAGAGAGAUAUGCGGUCGUACUAAUGAAAACAUGGUGGUUAACAGCAAAUACAAUGAAACAAAAAGAAAAGAAAAGAAAAUUAAGCUCAAAAAGCGCAUAAAUCUAUUGGUUGCAAGAUUGCAAAUGGAGAGAAACGAUUAAUUGGCUGACGAGAAGUAGGCGAAUAAGUGGCGCUAGUGGGUACACGCACCAAUCAAAGCAGGCACUGUACAGACGGUAGCAUUUUGUGCACUAUCGACUGAGUGACGUUAGUGACGCUUUUUACUACAACCAGUGUGUGCUUUCUCAUUUUCAAGCUUAAACGUAGCACCAAAUUAUUUGGUCAUCCAGGAAGUGUCAACGUGCUUUUAAGUGUUUUUUUUAAAGGAGUUGAAAAUUUCAUUUUUUGUUGAGAGCGGCGUUAUCGGCUCACUACCUAGACUAACCAGUCUGUUUCGUGUUAUAAGCAACACAAUCAACUUUGUCCGUUUAUUGUUUCCAGGCAAUUGUCUGUAUGGAAAAUUAGAUGGAUUUUCUGUAGCUAAUACUUUACGCUGAUUUUCAUGUCCCAUCGAACACUCACCAUAACUUUGUUGACAGUUAAUGUGAAUUUUACGUAGUUCCACUUGAUUUAAAUUAGGCUAUCAAUUCUUGGGUUAUCGAAACCUCAAGGGUGAUAGUUAUGCCAGGUUUUCUAAAAUUGUCGUGAGUGAACUUUGUGCAAGACCGGGAGCAAUCCGUAUCCUAAGCUUGAGAUAACGGUUAAGUUCAUUUUUGAAGAACGUAAGGGAAGUAAGAAAGCUAGACUUUUUUUUCUUUUGAGUACUUAAAGCAUCCUCUGCGAAUUUUGCAUUACUUUUUUCUUUUUUUUUACUGUACGAUAAUCAAACAGAAUCACGAUUUUUUUCAUAAAUCUCACUAAUGCCAGGUCGUUAAUGAAUUAGUAGCUCAUAAAGCUACUUCUAACUAUUCUAAAGCUAUUCUAACAAUUCGAGCAUACUUUCUGGAUUUCCUGAUAUCAAAAAUUAAUGUAUUUUCCUACUGUGUUUCACUCCGUUAGAGGACGGCCACGAUCUUUCUGUUUCUAGUUUUAUUUAAAAAAAACCUACAACGCACUCAUGUACUAAAAUGAAAUUUAAAUUAAAAUAAACCCUUCCAUAUUAGACAAAUUUUCAGUAAAAUAUAUUUUUACCAUCACUUGAAAGGGAAAGGAAAGCAAACAAGAAUCUGCCGUCUGUACCGUCUGCCUCAGUUUUCCGUAUUCACAAUCCCACAGCAGCAGCUCUUACUUUUCAAUUCCUCUAUGUGUUAGUAAAUUCGUCCUGUGCUUGUUUAAUUAAAUGUUUUCAAAAAGCAAAACAAAAACCGGUGCACUACGAGAAGCAUAAGAAGCAACCGAAAAUUACAACAACUCCAAUAUAAUAUGGACAUGAUGAAAACGGCAAAGGCAAAA